UUUAGCUUUUGAGGCGUGCACCGAAGCAAACCCUUACUAAACCCUUAGGUUACUUUCAUACAACCACUGUUUAUAAGCUCAUCCGCACUUUUAGCCUACACACGGAGAUCUGACGUUCUUCGUUGGAAUUAGACUGUUGAUUCAACGUUGUUGGAGAGCUGGGUUUCAAUUCCUGCAUUUUCUCCCGCAAGAUUGUGUUUGAACCUUUACUGUUCCCGAACCCACAAGUCUUGGAGCCAGAACGUAGGAGGGAAAGGACAAGAAAAAGGCUAUCUGAAACAUGCUCUCCUUGUUGUGCCUCAUGCUGUUUGUUCCACGUGUGUUCUCCUCAUCGACACCAGUGGCUGGAAUCUUCCCCCAGGACCCGGCGUUGCGGAUGGGCUCCAGCCUGACGGCCACGUGCACAGUGAGCCCUGAGCGGGGGCUGCAUGCCAACACUAUGUACUGGACCAUGAACGGGAAGAGACUCCCUAGUAGCACGUACGACCUGCUGAGCCCCAACUGCCUCAGUGUCACUCUGCACCACCUCAAUGGCUCCCAGCAACAGUCUGGGGACAACCUGGUGUGUCACAGCGGAGAUGGACAUGUCCUGGCUGGCUCCUGUCUCUACGUGGGCAUGCCCCCGGAGAAGCCGGUCAACCUAACCUGCUGGUCCCGAAACACAAAGGACCUGAGCUGCAAGUGGACCCCUGGGGGUCGGGGCGAAACCUUCAUCAAAACCAAAUACACCCUCAAGUACAAAUUGAGGUGGUACGGGCGAGAGAGGGAAUGUGAGGACUACAGCACGGGGCAACGCUACACGUGUUAUAUCCCCCGGGACUUGGCCCUCUUUACUCCCUACGAGAUCUGGGUGGAGGCGUCCAAUCAGCUGGGGACUGCCACCUCUGAUGUCAUCACUCUGGAUAUCCUGGAUGUGGUGACCACAGACCCUCCAGACAAUGUCCAUGUGAGUCGUGUGGGGGAGCUUGAGGACCAGCUGACAGUGCAUUGGGGCAGCCCCCCGGCACUCAAAGACUUCCUCUUCCAGGCCAAAUACCAGAUACGCUACCGACUGGAGGACAGCACUGAAUGGAAGGUGGUGGACGAUGUAGGUAACCAGACAUCGUGCCGGCUAGCGGGGCUUAGGGCAGGGACGGUGUACUUUGUCCAGGUGAGGUGCAACCCAGUGGGGAUCUACGGCUCCAGGAAGGCUGGGAUUUGGAGUGACUGGAGCCACCCUUCAGCUGCUUCCACACCCCACAGUGAGCGGCUGCAGAGUGGGUCAUGUGAGCCCAAGCCAGGCGAACAGAACUCCACCCUGCGACGGGAGCUCAAGCAGUUCUUUGGCUGGGUUCGCAAACACGCCUAUGGCUGCAGCGGCAUGUCAAUCAAACUCUACGACCAGUGGCGGGUGUGGCUGCAGAAAUCGCAUAAAACGCGCAACCAGGUAGGCUGCAGACUGCUCGGCAUGGCGACACCAAAUAUUCCAAGUUACAAGCCUCUGAGGAUCAAUGAGACAACUGGGACCUCCAACGAAAGGGAAGAAAAUCCAACCCUGGACUCGGACACCCUCUCCCUAACUCUAAAACGUGCCCCUGCUGUUUGUUAAAUUGCCCCUCCAGGAUUGGGCUCUUAAUUAAGUCACCUCCUUAUCAUUUAGCAGUGAGCUUUGAUUAAUUGAUAAUCCAAUACGGCUGCCUGAAUCUAACAUGACCUUACGCUGGCUCACUGCAUUCGUGAUCCACAUUAGGAUGUACAGGUGCACUCUGAAACUGUUCAGGUUAAGCUGACUCAUGCAUUGUCUGGGAAACGUUGCAGUAAUCCCAACAUCUGUUUAAGGAUAUAUGUCAUCUAUGGCAAACAAGAGGCACCUUAGAAUGGUCAAAUAUAAACAAAGAUGCUGUAUGUCAUCAUUUACAGUAGCUGGGGAUUGACUUCAUAGCCUUUGUGCACUUUGCUUAACAAGCCCCACCUCCUCUGCAACCCCUCUACAGUCCAGGGAUCAUCUUCAAAUGUAUAUGGAGCUGUGCUACAUCCCACAUAAUGCUUCUUAGUCAGUCUAUGACCUACAAAAGUAACCUCUAAUUAACCUGAGGCCGCCUCACCGGUUCAGUUACUCUCAUCUCCUUCUGGGCCUGCCUCAGACCGCAAUCACAGCCAACUACUCGGUUAAUAUCAUCCAAACCGACUUCCAAAGGACUAUGUAGGACAGAACUGCAGGACUUUUUGCCACAUUCCACAUAAAAUAACUCACCCACAGGCUAAUUAGGCAUGAAAAAUCAACUUAAAUACUCUCCUGCAACCCUCCUCACCCAAUGUGGUGUGGAUCUGUUUUUUUUCUAAAGUAUUUUUAUUUACCUCGGAACUGGAAUCCCCCAACAGAGGCAGGACACCUCACUAGCUAGUAGUCAGCUAACCGCUGCUAGCGGUCAUCAGCUGACCUUUAGCUCAGAAAGCUCUCGCCAGUUCGUACAACACGACUCAAACCAGAGCAUACCAGACCUAUUUUCUCUCCAAUAUUAAUUCAUAAAGAAGGGAUUGUGGAGCAUGAAACAGGGGGUAAUUAAUUUAAAUAAAUACCAUUCCAGCCAGGUUGGAGAGGACUGGAAUUGUGGGUUUUUAAGUUAGCAAAAAAGGGUCGUUAACCUAUGGUUGAUCUGACUCAACUUAUCUCUGGGAUGUUUAGAUAAGGCAGAGAGUGUUUUCCUGGGUUUUCCAUUAUCUGGAACUGUCUUCUAAAUAGUGAUGGAUGAAGGUGAAGAUUCCAGAAGUUAAUCUAGAUAAGUGUGUGUUUGGAGUGAGCAAGCUAAUGGGUUGGAAUAAACUUUUGAACUUCUCUGGUCCUGGUCGAUAGGAGGAAGGACGUUUUAUAACCUAUGACGUCAUAUUUUGUAUAUAAACUGUUGUUCGUGGUUACAUGGCAGCGAGCUCAGAGAAUAAAUACUAGUAUCUAAUUUUGAUAAGACUGGUCUCUGUAUAUUUUAUGCAAAUAGGCAUCUUAAUUCUUUUAAAAAUAGACAGUGAUUUAAUUAAUAAAAACAUAUUGGAAUUAUGACAUUUCAGUGACACUAACAUCUGUCACAAAGCAAGCACCAAUUAGCCUAGAGCUGAAGAGGCCCAUCAGCCCCUCCUGGGCUACAAUACCCAGACCCCUUCUACUGCCGGUACAGGGCACGGAACCCCGCCGAUCCUUCACGACUUGACUACGACGUAAUCUGCUCGAGGGGGUACUCAACUGGCCCCUACAUUGCAACGUCGCCUGAAUGCCCAUCUGCUAUCCGUGGCCCGCUAGCUGUCUAGAGCAUAUUGGACUGUUAGCUGAAUAUAUC